AUGUCUCGGCCAGCAACCAUGAGAGCCUGGCAAUAUUCUAGCACGAAAGGCGGCCUCGAAAAGCACCUGCACCUCAACGAGUCCGCCGCCAUUCCCUCGCCAAAGCACGAUCAACAUCUCGUGCAGGUGCUUGCAGUGGCACUUAAUCCCAUCGACCACAAGCCCGCGGAGUUUCAACUCCUCAGCCGUCUGGCCAUCCCGAAGCCAGCAACUCCGGGCCUCGACUUCGUGGGAUACCUCGUCACACCGGCAGCAGGCUCAGCCUUGAAACCGGGUCGGCUCGUCCAUGGCUGCACGGGCACAUCACCCUUGGCGGGUGGCGGGCUGGCCGAAUACGCAGUCUGCAAGCCAGAACAAGUGGUCGCUGUUCCCGAGGGGAUUGAUCGCACCGACGCCGCCACACUGGGUGUCGCCGGACUGACUGCCUACCAGACAAUCGUCCCCUACGUCAAAGCCGGGGACGAGAUUUUCAUCAACGGCGGGUCCGGCGGAACAGGGAUCUUCGGAAUACAGAUCGCGAAGGUGGUCGGCUGCUCCGUCACGACCAGCUGCUCCACGGCGAACGUGGAGCUCUGCAAGAGCCUCGGCGCGGACAGCGUCAUCGACUACAAGAAACAGAGCGUCCUCGAGGCACUGAAAGCCAGUGGCCACAAAUUCGACCACGUCAUCGACUAUGUGGGCACGGAUUUCGAGCUCUACUGGAAAUGCCACGAGUAUACGAAACCAGGAGCGGUGUUCAUGAAUGUCGCCGGACACAUCACGUUACCUUACUUCUGGGACUCGUUCCUGCGGCGCGUGUGGCCGCGCUUCCUCGGUGGCGGCCAGCGAAAGUCGCAGGGAUUCUUCACACAGGCGAAACCCGAUCAGCUGGCCCAGAUCACAACCUGGAUGAGGGAGGGCAAAGUGAGGACUGUCAUUGACCAGACGUUUCCCUUUGAACAGGCCCGGCAGGCGAUCACGAAGCUGAAGACUGGACGCGCGAGAGGCAAGAUUGUCGUCGAGGUUUCUUCAAAAGGCUUCGAACCUCCGGAGGGGCGCUAA